AUGGCUUCGUCUAACAAAUUUCUCGGCACUGGUUUAGAUGAUGUCAGCGUGCCUGGACAGAAUUUCUUGAGAGACGCACUCACCAGUUGUACCGAUCCCCUGAAAGCUAUAGAAGAGUUUCAAUUGGAAAAUGGUAUUUUAUUACCAUCUCUUAGACCUAUGUUACCCCUUCUUGACCUACAUGGAGUUCGUCGCUUAGAUUUUCAUACUUCUGUGCUGGAGGAAUUAAGAGAAAAGAUGAUAGAGCAUAUAAAUAAACUCGGAAAAAAAGAUGGUAAAGGUAACGAAAAAAAGCUUAAGGAGCUGCUGGCCAAAAGUUUUCCGAUUAUCAAAAUUAAAGCUUUAAGGCCUGUCAUUAUGAGCAUUUUGAAAAAUAUACCCCAUAUUGACGACAAAUAUUUAAAAGUUUUGGUCCGUGACCGGGAAUUAUACAAUGAUACUGACACGGAAGUAAAAAGACAGAUUUGGCAAGACAACCAAUCUUUGUUUGGUGAUGAAGUUUCUCCUUUGCUCAGUUUAUAUAUAAGAGAAAAAGAAAAUGUUUUAUUUGAUCAUGAAAACAUGUCACAACUAUUCUUUUCAUCAUCUCCAAAAUUAAGAAGACAGGGUAAUGUUGUUCAAAAGCUUGCCCAUAUGGUUGGCACAAGUGUAAAACUCUAUGAUAUGGUUCUACAGUUUCUGCGUACACUUUUUCUGAGAACUAAGAAUAUUCAUUACUGUACAUUACGAGCUGAACUGCUUAUGACUUUACAUGAUGCAGAAGUUCAUCCAAUAAUUUCUGCAGAUCCUUGUCAUAAAUUUACAUGGUGUUUAGAUGCAUGUAUCAGAGAGAGAAAUGUAGAUAUUAAGAGAUCAAGAGAGCUACAAGGUUUCUUAGAUGGGGUUAAGAAAGGAACAGAGCAAAUAUUAGGAGACCUGUCUAUGACCUUAUGUGACCCAUAUGCUGUUAACUUCUUAGCAACAUCUGCUAUAAAAAUACUACACCACUUGAUCAACACAGAGGGCCUGCCUAGAGAUAAUUCAAUAUUGAUACUAUUGCUGAGAAUGUCAGCACUAGGAUUAGGUUCAUGGGAUAUAAUUAACACCCAACAAUUUAAAGAACCUAAACUUGACAGUCAAGUGGUAACAAAAUAUUUACCGGCAUUAAUGUCUUUAAUGGUGGAUGAUCAAGUCCGAGCAUUGCAUAAUAAACUGCCACCAGACGAGAGAGAGUCUGCUAUAACUACUAUAGAGCAUUCUGGUCCACCUCCAGAUGCCUGUGAAGCUUAUAUGAGGGAAAGUGUAGUAUGCAGUGUUCUAGCAAUGUAUUACACACUACAUGCAGCAAAAACAAAAGACCGAGGCGCAUUGCUCAGGAUACUUAGCAUACUUGGUAGUUGUAAAAAUGGGCUGGCCUAUUCUGACCCUUUCUUACAUCAACUAGUUGCCCUUUUAAUACAGUUUCCGGAUGAAUUUCAAGGAGAAGACUUCAGUACUGUAUUGUUUGAUGAAUUCUUUUUUGCUGGUCUAUCUAAAGACAAUGUGACUAGACACUUAUUAAAAUUAAUUUGGUAUAUUCACCCCAAAUUACCAGAGACUAGAAUACAUACAUUGAUGAAAGCUUUACAGCCAGGAACACAACACAAUGAAGCAGUUCACAAAGUUUAUGAAUCACUACAGCAAAAGCUAACUACUCAAGUAGAACCAGCACCUAGUGCUACUGAGAUGGAUUAUUUAGAUUCCCCAUUAUUGAGUGUGCCUAUGCCAAGCCCAUCUCCAUAUCAUAUGUAA